AAGAGAGAACCUCAAAUCUCCAAUGAGACCUGCAUAGUGCUUUCUUCAGCAGAGACAGCUGAACUGCACCUUGUUGCUGGAUUGCCUGCUGCAUGCACAAGUGAAACAGCAUUCUGGCAACCUUGUGAACAACCUGCCUCUCCCACAGAACUGCUGGGGGAACUGGAGGUUUCAGCUGCUCCAAGUUUCUCGAAGAUCCGGUUUGUGACGACACACAGCACAGCGGCCAGUUACAGCCAUGGGUUCCUGGCAAAGGACAGCGGCGCGGGGCCCGGCAGCCCGCGGACAUGCACUGUGAGCUCGCCGCGGGGCAGAAAGGCAGCAGCGCCCGCUUCGAGCUGACCGACAAAUGCCAGGGAGCGCCCCAGAAGGAUCUGCCGCGGGCGACUCGUCCCAGCGCUGCUAAAUCCCACUUGAGUCCUCAGAUGUCCUUUAAAGUAUCUGUCAGCAACGGCGGUGACCACGCAGAGCCUCAGCAGAGCCCCCCUGAAAUGUCAGCACCUCUGCUAGAUUUCAUCCCCAAGCGACCCAGCAUAUUCGAGAGGAUCCCGAUUCUGCCGAGGGCGCAGGAGCUGCGAUGCGCUAGAGGCUCUAAAGAUUAUUUCCAGCAGCAGAAACAUCAGAGCGUGAAGGUGAACGGUGGCUACAAUCAUUGCAAUUUGAUCUCCGAGAAGAAGACCAUGAUGGACAUGGAGAUGACAAGUAGUUCAGUGCCCGUCUGCAGGCAAGGGCUGUUCAUCCACACAGGCAACUCCCUCAUGCGAGAGCACCCCCUGUCCCGGGAGAGGCUGCUGCACGUGGGUCAGCUCAACCUGGCACACUCGGAUAUGAGGUCACCCAGGUUUCAAGACUCAGUAGAUUCUGCUGCUCCAUGCCUGAAUGGAAGUCACCCGGCUCAGCACAUUAAACAAGAAUGCCCGAGUGAUUAUAAGGUUCUAUCUGAGGCUUCCACACAUAGGAGGAUUACGGAGGGGAUGGAGCUGAGAGCCUCCGGUAGUCUGCAUCCUGAACUAGACCUAAUGAAUAAUAGCUUUACAAAUUCACUUUCAUCCUACUUGUUUAAUAAUGAACACAGCUCCUCCCUGAGUCCUUUGUCACUUGGCACCCCUCAGCACUCAGCUAGGCUACAAACAAGCAACCUGAAGAAGAGAUGCAUCUCUGUUGUGCCGUCUUCAGCCGAAGGAAUCGAUAUUACCGCGAUCAUCCGCACAUCGCAGACGUCACUGGUCACCUGUGUGAAUGGGCUGCGAACUAAUGCAGCUGGCAUUUCCUCUCAUCCUGUGGAGAUCAGUCAUCACAGUGCUCAAAAAUCCUCUCAGCCCCAAUCUUGCUCUCAGCCUGGAAACCCUUGCAGUAUUCCCUCCCCUCCAGCAUGUCUUGUACCUCUUUCCGCUGACUGUGACAGAGGUGACUGUGAGCAGAUACAAAUGCAGCAAGUGGAGGAGAAUGGAAGCCUCAGCCUUAUGAUGAAUGGUACUGGCAUUGCUCACCAGAACACCUCGCACGGCACCCAGAAGGUGAGUUUCUUAAAACAAGAACCAGCUGACGAUUAUUCCUCCAGUGCUGAUCUUUUUCGCCAUCACCAGGGGCUGCCUCCCCCUUACCACCUCCACCAGCAGCUAAGCCAGACCCAAGGGACUCUGCCUCACUUAAACGCCUCCAUGUCUCCAAAGUCCCUGCAGCCCAGUGACGGGGAUGAACAGGACCUGAGCAGUGGCAAACAGGUCUGUCAGUGGAUUGACUGCAGUGCCACUUAUGACCAACAAGACGAACUGGUCAGACACAUAGAAAAGACUCACAUUGACCAGCGGAAAGGAGAGGACUUCACUUGCUUCUGGGCAGGCUGUGUCCGCCGCUAUAAACCCUUCAAUGCUCGUUACAAACUGCUGAUUCAUAUGAGGGUUCAUUCUGGAGAAAAACCAAACAAGUGCAUGUUUGAAGGGUGCAACAAGGCAUUUUCUAGGCUUGAGAACCUCAAGAUUCACCUCCGGAGUCAUACUGGGGAGAAGCCAUACCUGUGUCAGCAUCCUGGCUGCCAGAAAGCUUUCAGCAACUCCAGCGACCGGGCAAAGCAUCAGCGAACACACCUGGAUACCAAACCCUACGCCUGCCAGAUCCCCGGCUGCUCCAAGCGCUACACCGACCCCAGCUCCCUGCGCAAGCACGUGAAGGCUCACUCGGCCAAAGAGCAACAGGUGCGUAAGAAGCUAAAGUCCUGUACUGAUAUCGAACAAGACGUACUGAGUGAAUGCUUAGCUAUGCAACAACUCCACACAUCUUCACAGCACAUUCUGGAUGGGAAGUGUGGUAGAACUGUAGGUCCUCAUGAUUUAAUUACAGGCAUGUACAGUGGUUCCAGCAGCAGCCACAACGGCCCCUCCCCAGGUGUGCUGCCGUCCCCUCAUGACAUCCCUUCAAGGCACCUUCCGCUCGACUCCGCCCUUCCCAGCCCACAUCACCAGCAGUCGCCGUUGGACAGUGCCAGGGAAGGGCUUGCUCCCAACAUAAUCUCUCCACUUGUCAGCCCCCUGAAAGCGUUAGUUCCACCGUCCCUCCUGCAGAAACACGGCUCUCCAUCGUCCCACAGCCAGUCACCAAAUGGGCAGCAGUUUUCUGGAAUUCCAAAUACACCUUACGCUCCGUUUCAAAACCAGUCAGUACAGCAGGGAGCUCAAGGUUACCAAGGCAGCUUUCACUCCAUACAGAACUGUUUCCACUAUGGAGACUGCUACAGAACAAUGGACCAGUCUGUCACCAGUGAUGUGCUCACAGGGGAAUCCCAUUGCUUCAACCCUCUGAGGCAGAAUGGCUAUCACAUACUCAAUGCACCUUUAGCUUCAACAGGCUAUGACACAAUCCCUGAAGCACAGUGUGUGUCCGAAGACAUGGUCUCCAGCGGAACGGAUGAAAAUGGGUUCUUCCAAAACGGCGCCUUUGAUCACUGCUUGAAUCACAUUCCUUCCAUCUACACAGAUACCUAAAGCAGUGCUGGCCUUGUUUCCUUUAUUAUACCUAUAACUGUGUAUGUAAUAACAAAGGGUUUGUUCAAGUACUUUUAUUUAGUCUGUAUCCUUGUAUGUGCUCAUUUAAAUGAACACCUCACAUUUACCAAACCAUUUUAUACAUGAAUAGUCUGUAUAAGAUAAUAUUGGAAACCUGUUCCUUUGCUGUGGCACUUUGAAAUUCAUGCUUUAAGGGAAUGAGGAGCAUUUUAAGCAGCUUGUUUUGUAAGUUCUCUCAGUAAAGUGUAAAUGUAAAUUAUAUAAUAAACUUGUAAAGAAGAGCUUUUUCAUCUUGGAAAGUAUGUUUCCAUUUGAGAAUGUUGUUCCCUUUAAUCAGUUUCCAUUUAACUUGUUGGUCAGUUCUUCUCUUUUUUUCUUUUUUUUUUUUUACUAAAAGGACUUUUUUUAAUCACAGACCUCAUGUAUAUAAAGAUCUACAUUUGCUCGGCUGGUUUUGUAUUUUCAGUUUUACAAGAAAGCAUUAAAAACUGGAAACAAGUGUACUGUCGUUCCUUAACACAGUCUGUCUCCCUGAUAAAUCCUGAUAUUACAUUAUUUAAAUGCCUGAGUGAUUUUAACAAAGCAGUGACAUUUCAGUCACUGUGACAUUAAAGCAAGUCCAAGUGAACAUGAUGAAAACCAAGGGCUUCCAGCAGCACAGGCGUCACCUGCAGCAGUUUGGCUCCCUGUCACUGUGGCUGCAUUUCCCAGCUUAGUGGUGAUUCCUGGGAUUCCAGGCAUCCUCCAGGGGCUCCCAAGCUGUGCCGAGCAGGCACGUUAGACCUGAGCU